AUGGCCCUGAAGAAGAAACUUAAUAUUUUAUGGACAGUAGCUCUAUAUUUGGUAGCCAGCAGACUGCCCAAAGUAUUCGGAAUGAUUCCUCGGGUGCCAACUAUCACGGAUCCGAAAUUUAUAACUCCAUUCCUUGAUAUCCACAACGAACUGCGACGCAAGGUCCAACCCCCAGCAUCCGAUAUGAAUCACCUGACUUGGGACAAAUCGCUGGCAAAACUUGCCAAAUCAUGGACUAGAGAGUGCAAAUUUUCCCAUAAUCCCUGUGUCUCAAAACGAUAUGGAUGUCUUCAGGAAUAUGAUUUUAUUGGAGAAAAUAUAUAUAUGGGUCCAUUAGACACCCGACCCGAAGAUGUUGUUACUGCUUGGUAUAAUGAAACUAUAGAUUAUAAUUAUGAGAAAAAUACCUGUAAUAAAACAUGUGGCCACUAUACACAGGUAGUUUGGGCCAACACAUUUAAAAUUGGUUGUGCAGUUUCAAAUUGUCCUAAUCUCAUGAAACAAACAGCUGGGUUAUUUGCAUGUAAUUAUGCACCAGCAGGAAAUAUUAAAGGCUUCAGACCUUACAAGAGAGGCGACCCCUGCUCCCAUUGUGGGGGAAAAGAAUGCAUGAAUAAUCUCUGCUAUGACUUCGCUGCUUCUAUUAGAACAUAA